UGUAAGAAAUAAACUACAUAAUAUAGAAGAAACAUUAAAUACCUUCGUUUAAAGCUUAACUAGCAUUAAACUAAUCCUGUAAUGAUAAAUUUAAUAAAUUCAAUUUGACAGAAAUAACUAUAUCAAUGACUACGAUAUAUUAUUGAUUUUGUAGCCAAUUUACCCCCCUCUUCUUUUACAUUUGAACGAAAUUAUAAAUCGCAUUUGAGGACUUGUAAUUGGGCAGCGAAUGCGACCUAUAUAGAUCGCAGUUAAAAUACGACUUAUAAAUCGCAUCGGCGAAUGCGACUUAUAACUGGAAUUUUUCCUAACCUCCUGGACAUUUGAACUUGGGAUUCGACUUCAUCUGACGCUUAGCUUCUCUCGUCCGACCCUCGGCCUCCGGCGAAUUCGACUGGUUUUCUUCUCCAAUAAAGUAUUCCAACAUUUGACAUGCUUGGUGAGCAUCCAUGAGUUCUCAAAGCGCUAAUUCAGUUGAAGACAUUUUUCACUCGUCACUGAAUCUAGAGGACACUCAUUACAAGGAAGGCUACUCCCAAGGGUAUUCGGAUGGCCUAGCCUCUGGUAAAGAUGAAGGCAACCAGGUGGGACUCAAAACUGGGUUCGAAGUAGGCGAAGAAUUGGGGUUUUACAGAGGUUGUAUUGAUGUUUGGACUGCUGCAAUCGCAGCAGAGCCAACCUGUUUCUCAUCCCGAGUGCAGAAAGGCAUCAAACAGAUGGAUGAAUUGCUUUGUAAGUAUCCCUUCUCAGACCCAGAGAACGAGUCCGCCACUGAGAUUACUGACUCCUUGAGAUUGAAAUUUAAAGCUAUUUGUGCAACGCUGAGCAUUAGACUGGAGUACGAUGGGUACCCCAAAGCCUCUGGGGUCGAGAAGUCUGGAUUCUAAUUGGUUAUCAAUGGUCUGAUCAGGUACUUUCCUUGUAGACAAAAUAUAAAUUUGCAUUAAGGUGGUUAAAAACUGACAUUAAUUUAAAUAUCAGUGUUGAAAAGAUUCCUGCCGGAAGGUAUAUGUAUAUGCUAGCUUUAUAUAUGGCUCCCUGUCAUGUUGUGUCCUUGUAUAUCUAUAUAUUUUACACACACAAAAAAAAUUUCGCCGUUGAACUACAAACUUGUAUACUUUUAGAUCAGAUAUUUAUGGAAAGAUACUUUCAACGGU